AUGAGAAAAAUAUAUUUCUUUCAUUUCAAACGCUCAUGUACGAGGUCCUCUUUUAUGAAGCAAGCUCCUUCAAGUGGAAUGAGUAGAGGUAAUAGUAACAGUACACAAAGCUAUUCAGGAGGUGUAAUGCAGCAACAACAAAAGUCAGGUGGUUUUUUGUCCAAUGUAAUGGGGACAGUUGCCAGUGGAAUGGCAUCAGGUGUAGGAUUUGGAGUUGCACAAAGAGCCGUUGACUCACUUUUAGGUCCAAGACAAGUAGAAGUUUCACACGGAAAUAACAACGCACAAUUGAACCAAGCGGCUGCAUUGAACAGCGAAAGGAACAAUGAAAUGAAGUGCAGGACGUUUAAAGAUGAACUUAAUCAAUGCUUAAUGAGACAUUCCGACAUUAGCAUGUGCCAAAACUACGCAGACUCGCUAAAGUCAUGCCAGCAAAGCAUGUAA